AUGUCAGGAGUCAAUGCUGGGGCUCGUCUCCCACAGUCUGAGUAUGAUCCUGGUGAAGGGUCUUCCUUGGGAGCGAUUAGGCCAAUGGUGCAAACUCAGUCCUCUCAAGCCAAACGUCGUCAAGCUCUGCUCGGCAAGCAGGGGCCAAAGGGUAAACGAUGCCAGCUUGAGCAUAAAACUGGCAGCAAAGACAAUCAAACUGACAUUGAAGAGGUACCCUCUGAGAAAAAGGACGAUGGCCGGAUUUGGCUGCUUAAACCAAAGGCUCGGAUGACAGAGAAGGAGCUUGAGGAUUGGGUCAACGAAGGUGAUCAAGUCCAAUUCUUCUGGGCAGAGGCUGAGGUUCAGCGCUGGCGAGAGGAGCUGGAAAUCAAACAGGCUGACUUCUUGCGCUGCAUACGUGCCUUUGCAACAAUGUCGUCAGUUUGGUUGAAGCUAUCAUCAACCAGUUCGUCAGCCGGAGCAGCUGCUUACGCACGGAAAAAGUCAGCCAUGUACAAGACAAUGGAGUGUGACGCAAGAACAUUGUUUGCUGCUGCUGGAUUUGGGCAUCUUGUGGAGUCUCUCGACAACGCCAGCCCAAAGCUACUUGCUGAAUAUGUUCAUGAAGAGUGA